AUGGCAACGGCGGCGGCAGCAGCAGAGACGACGACGACAACAACACCACCAAGGCGACAAGCGUGUCGCGGAUCCUGUCACUGCGGAUUGACGCAGUACGUCGUCUUCCUCCGCCUCCCGCAUCCGUUCUCGGCGACCGAUCCGCCGCUCCCGACGGACCAGGAGGUGUACCGCUGCAACUGCAGCACGUGCACCAAGAUGAACUUCUUCCACGUCCACCCGGCCCACCCCCGGGACGACUUCAUGCUCCUGUCGCCGCUCGACCCGGACCGCGAGCUGAGCACCUACCAGUGCUUCGAGAAGCUGCGGAAGUACUACUUUUGUCCCACGUGCGGGGUGCGGUGCCUGACCUUUGGCGGCGUGGGCGAGACCGUCGCCCUGGAGGGAGACGAUGCGGUGUUGGUAGGUGGUGGUGGUGGUGGUGAGGCAGCCGAGGCCGAAGAGGAAGGAGGAGGAGGAGGUGUCCCGGCGCGGCAGGUCUGGCGGGCCAAGUGGGACGGAGACAAAGAUACGACGCCGUACGUUGCCGUCAACGGGACUACGAUUGACCCCAGAGAGGACUUUGAUCUACGUCUCCUCACCGAGCAGAAGAGGGUGCAGUACUUUGACGGCUGGAGCGACCCAAAGGACGAGAAGGACCCGAGAUGGGACAGACCUCAUGAUCGUGGAUGUUAUUGA